AAACGGCAGUGACACCCCUCGCUGUUUCACGCUUUAUGAUUUGCCAAUACUCACUCACUGUUUUGACUAUCAUGCCUAUAUCUGUACUUGUUUAACUCUAUUCUAAACAGUGCUGAGUUCUUAUCACAGUCCCAGCAAUUCACCUUGCUUUUCUCCCCCUUGAAGUGAAAAGGAAAGGCAGCAGUCAUGGCUGGCAUUGCAUCUAAACUAGCCAAAGACAGGGCACGAGAAGCAGGACUUGGCACUAAUGACAGUGUACUAAACUUCAUGAAACAGGAUUAUAAGGCCUUGAAGGAAGAAUGCCUACAGUCUGGGACACUGUUUGAAGACAAGACUUUUCCUGCUGUCCCAUCCUCACUGGGAUUUAAAGAGCUGGGACCUUAUUCUCAAAAAACACAUGGUGUCCGAUGGAAAAGACCACAGGAGAUAGUCUCUGACCCACAAUUUAUUAUUGGAGGAGCAACACGUACAGAUAUCUGCCAGGGUGCACUGGGUGACUGCUGGCUUUUAGCUGCCAUUGCAUCAAUUACAUUGAAUGAGCAGAUUAUGUCCAGAGUUGUUCCUCCAGAUCAAAGUUUUACCGACUCCUAUGCCGGCAUCUUCCACUUUCAGUUCUGGCAGUUUGGUGACUGGUAUGAUGUAGUUAUAGAUGACAGACUUCCCACAAAAGAUGGUGAACUCCUUUUUGUUCACUCCAAGGAGAAAAAUGAAUUCUGGCCUGCACUUUUAGAAAAAGCCUAUGCUAAGAUGAAUGGCAGUUAUGAAGCUCUAGCUGGAGGAAGCACUACAGAAGGCUUUGAAGAUUUCACAGGUGGCGUGUCAGAGUGGUUUGAUUUAAAAAAAGCCCCCUCAAAUCUAUUUCAAAUCAUCAAAAAGUCUUUAAAAACUGGAUCUCUGCUUGGCUGCUCAAUUGAUAUCACCAAUGCAGCAGAGACAGAGGGCAUCACUUUUCAGAAGCUUGUCAAAGGGCAUGCUUACUCACUCACAGGUGCAGAAGAGGUGAUUUACAGAGGCAGACCAGAGAAGCUGGUGCGUAUGAGAAAUCCCUGGGGUACAAUAGAAUGGACUGGUGCUUGGAGUGACAAUGCCCCAGAAUGGAAUUCGAUUGAUGCUGCCGUGAAAGAUCGAUUAGUAAACAGAUGUGAUGAUGGAGAAUUUUGGAUGUCUUUCACUGAGUUUUUGAGACAUUUCUCACGGCUAGAAAUCUGUAGCCUAACACCAGAUGCACUUUCCAGUGAUAAAUACAGCAAAUGGUCUCUGACUCAGCAUCAUUCAUCAUGGAGACGAGGAGCUAAUGCUGGGGGAUGUGCCAACCACACUUUUACUUUCUGGACAAACCCACAAUUUCGACUUGUGCUGGAUGAAGCUGAUGACGACCCUGAUGACAAUGAGGUUGGCUGUACGUUUGUAAUUAAUCUUUUACAAAAGAAUCGUAGGAAGGAAAAGAAAAUGGGGGAAGACAUGCAAACAAUUGGCUAUGCAAUAUAUGAGGUUCCACCAGAGUUGGAAAAUAGUCAACUAAGGAGGGAUUUUUUCGCAAGCAAUAAAUCAGCAACACGAUCUGAGACCUUUAUCAACCUCCGAGAUAUCACUUGCCGACAUAAGCUCCCACCAGGUCACUUUGUGAUUGUGCCAUCGACCUUUGAACCUAACAAAAAUGCUGACUUCUGCCUCCGUGUGUUCUCAGAAAAGCAAGCUACAGCUCAGCAAAUGGGAGAAGAAAUCGAGGCAAAUAUAGUAACGCCUGAAAUCAGUGAAGAUGACAUUGAUCCCAACUUCAAGCAUGUGUUUGAAAGAAUAUCAGGAGAGGAUCAACAAAUUUCUGCUCUUGAGAUGCGAAACAUUUUAAAUACAGUGUUGGCAAAACGUACUGAUAUUAAAACUGAUGGCUUCACCCUUCCUACAUGCACAGAGAUUCUUCUUUACUUUGAUAAAGAUGGAUCGGGUAAAUUGGGUAUUGUUGAGUUCAAGAUGCUGUGGACAAAGAUUGAAAAUUACUUGCAAGUUUAUAAGAAAGUUGAUCUGGACCGCUCAGGAACUAUGAGCUGCUAUGAGAUGCGUGGUGCUUUAGAAGAAAUAGGUAUCAAACUAAAUACUUCCCUGUAUUCCAUCAUUGCUGCUCGGUAUUCCGAUGAUGAUCUUCUUGUGGAUUUUGAUAAUUUUAUCAGAUGUGUAUUUCGCCUGGAAGCAAUGUUUGAGGCAUUCAAAUAUUUUGAUGUGGAAAACAGUGGGACCAUCGAACUUUCCCUGGGACAUUGGCUGUUCAUUGGAAUGAUGUAAACAUCUCUUGCUGAAAAGCCUUGGAAGAAUACCUGUAAUCUCAGGAAUACGAACGACUGUGUAGUUAGGAAAUCACUGGACUGCACUCUUCUUGAAUAGUUCACUUCCUUAGAUUUUGUCUUUGCUUUUGACAGUAUGGUGGUAGAAAGGUUUAUGUUUGAAAGCAUCAUUUAUUACUGCAAGCUAUCAACUUUUUCUAGUUCUUGGGUGACAGCUUUAUUAAUUUUAUGUAAUUCACAAAGUCUGUGGAUACCAUUGAUCUCAAUGAGCCCACUGAUGGCCUAAAAUAACCGUUAAGAACUUAGCCAGCUGCUGCGUGUGUGACAUUUAUUCCGAUUGCACAGGUCAGAUGAAUGAUGUGUGGCAGUGUUGACAUCUACAGAGAAAGUGAAGAAUUACUCUUCAGCAGAAAGCUAAUGCUAAAUGAUAAAUCAGUAAUUUAUAUUAAGCUUUCAUCUCUAGCUACUGCAAACCUCAUUUGGAUUUGUCUGUGGCUGUCAUCCCCAACUCUACCUUGUACUUUUGCCCAGAGUAACCUUACCAUAAUAUGGUAUAUGAGUCAGCAGAUCACAAGCAUAGGCACUUUUCUGCACUACCUCUAGACAAGCAAGACUCCCCUAGUGAAAUCUGCUUAAUGGUGAGAAAGGCUGCACAGAGCGCUGCCAUGACUGAUUGACCUUAUGCCUAGCCCACGGACAGUAGGUAAUGUGUUUUUACCUGGCAGUGAGGACUAAAGUUAGGAGAAAAGCUCAUUUCCACAAGUACAGUAACAUAUAUGCUGGGCGGCCACUGUGGUGUAGCGGUUAGCGUUGCUGCCUCACAGCAAGAGGUUCUCCUGUUCGAUCCUCAGCUGGGGGUGCCUUCUGUGUGGAGUCUGCAUGUCCUC